GUGGUAGGAGGUGUCUGCAGACCCUGCAUAUCGCAGCCUCUUACAUCAAUUAAGUCUAACCCCGCACACGAUCCAACUCAUCAACAACUCUUUACGUCCAUCGUGUUUGUUCUUCCUUUCAACAACCGACCACGCGAUUCUGUCAAAGAUCCUCAUUUCACCAGGAACAAUGCAGCUACUCCUAGGCUUUCUCUUCCUGUGUACAGCCGUCUCCCUAAUCCUCGGCGCGAUCGCCUGGGCGAGGACCACACGUUUCUACCUCCCCCUCCCCCUCCCCCUAACAGCAACAACUGCCAUCCUCCCAGUACUAGCUCCAUUCCUCCUAUUCAUCAGCAAAUUCCUUUCCAACCCACCCACAACAGGCACCAACACCCCGACCUUGCGACACCGCCUCAUAGCCUCAAUAGUCUCCUACCUCCUCACAAUCCUCCCCUCCGGUCUCGCAACCGUAGCCCUAACCUACCUCGUCGCCCCAGACCUCCUGCUAUGCCAACUCAACAACCAAUGGCAAUCUUACUUCCACAACAAGGACUCUCGCGCCAUCCGCGCCAUCCAGGAUAGCCUCCAUUGCUGCGGAUUCAGAAGCACCAAGGAUAGAGCAUGGCCUUUCAAGGGUGGGGCCAACGGUGACGAUGCCUGUGUCCGGCAGAUCGGGUAUGACAGGGCUUGUCUAGAGCCGUGGCAGCAGGAGGAUAAAAGUGCGGCGUGGAUGGUCUUUUGGGCUGCAGUCUUGGUUUUGGUUAUUCAGGUAUGCUUCUUUUGCUUUACUUUCGUUCUUGAUUCUUUAUUCUUCAAAUAUCGGUUGGCUUGGAGCUAAGGGUUUGUGUAUUAGAUUGCCAGCACGUAUGUGAGCCGGGAACCGGGUUGGAUGAGAAGAACGGAAGCAAAUCGGUUUAUUCGGAUCUCUAGUGCGGAGGAUCAUGAAGAGAC